AUGUUCAUCGGGCUUCAAAGACGGACGUGUCACUCGUUGCUCAUCUUGAUUUGUUGUUUUCUACGUGCAAGCCAAAUUACUUCAGCCAUCAUCCCACUCAACCAGUCAACUUCAGGCUCACUUGUACAUCGCUUGGUCAAGACUGCAGACCAACUGGCUGAAGAACUUUAUGAGGAAGGCCAAAAGUUAGGUAAAAUUGAUUCUUUUCGUAACCACAUGAACAUUAUCACAAAAGAUAGCCACCGACGCGCAUUCAAGAAUUGGCUGACUGGAGGACUCGAUGAAUAUGGUAUUUAUUCAGAAAGAGAAUUCAUCGAUCACCUCUUAACUUGGUAUCUCUCCACGAAAGGAAGUAACAAGAUUCAAAAAUAUGUUGAAAGAUAUCCAUUUAGUGGAGACUCUCAGUCUGAAUCCGCAGCUGACCAAGUGGAGAAAUUAAGAUUCCUUUAA